AUGUCGGAGAAUAAGGGGCAUUUUCGGCAUAUUUUGCUUUAUUACUUCAAGAAAGGCAAGCGAGCUGCGGAGGCCCACCGAAAGAUAUGCGGCGUAUAUGGGGACGAUGUCUUAACAGAACGUGCCGCUCAGAAAUGGUUUGCCAAAUUUCGUUCCGGAGAUACGAGCCUUGAAGAUGGACCCCGCAGCUGUAGGCCCACUGAGGUUGAUUCGAAUGAUAUCAAGGCACUGGUUGAGCAAGACCGGACGCUAAAGGUACGAGAGAUUGCGGAGACACUUAAAAUAGGUUAUGGAACCGUUCAAAAGCAUUUGCAACAGCUUGGCUACGUGUUCCGCCUCGAUGUUUGGGUGCCGCACAAGCUGACCGAGGAGAACCUGGCCAAUCAUAUAUCCAUCUGCAAUUCACUUCUGAAGCGGCACGAAAGCGACCCGUUUCUCAAACGAAUAGUGACUGGCAACGAAAAGUGGAUCAUCUACGACAACAUAGUGCGCAAGAGAUCGUGGGGGACCGCUGGCGAGCCGCCGAUUGCCACCCCGAAGACCGGCCUGCAUCCGAAGAAGAUUUUGCUAUCCAUAUGGUGGGAUCAUCGUGGUGUGCUGUUUUAUGAGCUGCUUCCUCAGGGAAAAACGAUCGAUUCGAAGAUCUACUGCACGCAGCUAACGAAAUCGAAUCAAGCAUUGCGACAAAAACGUCCAGAACUGGUCAAUCGCAAAGGUGUCAUAUUCCACCAUGACAACACCAGACCCUACACCGCAAUAAUCACUCAGCAAAAAUUAGUGUAA